AUGUUUGAGUCUGCCUUGCAACCACCUGUUGACGGACCGGAGGCGAUCCAAGGAGCUGUGUAUGCAGAUCCAGAUCUCAGCUACGACCAAGAUGAUGAGAAUCCGGAUUUUGACCCCAGCAUACCCAAUUGCGAUACGGAUACUGAGAAUCCUAUCACUGGUACCCACAACAUCGAAGGUCAUCAUGCGAAGUACGAAACGAAGUGUCCGAAGGCUUUAACAGACCAGAUCUGGAAAAACAAGCUGCAGGAGAUGUCGACAGAAGAACUCGGGUCUCCCAAGGUCAAAUGCAUCGCCGACCUGGUCGUGAGAGUCCAGUCUGAUUACCCCGGAGAGAAGUUAAUAACUGCAUCUGCCUCUGUGAGAUUCCUCGACAUACUUGGGGAGUACCUAUCACGCCUGCUACCUGCGCUUACAACGGUGCAUUUCGACGGGCGAACCACCUCAGUGGCGGUAUCGACCUACCGGAACUGCCUUAAACCACCACGAGGGAUGUUGGCCACUGGAGGCAUAAGAGAUGAAAUUGACUGGGCAUUCGCCACUCAAGGAAUCGCAUAUAGCACAGGCCAACGACACAGAAGUUCUAACCAGGUCAUUCAAAUCAGAGAUGUACAGGCAUCCCAGUUUUGCAUCAAGGAUUUAGCUACACUUGACACAACAACAGAAUCAACUGACAAACGUUUCUUUAGCGAAAAACUUGCACUUGUCGUUGGAGAGUGUCUGUUAAGACCAGCCUCGGACAUGCUGAGCAACAGAGAAAAGAAAAAGCCAACCGCAACUGAUCUUGACAAGUUCGACUACAGCGUACAUCGAUGUCUGGGAACAAAAGACACUGCAUUAAUUGUGGCAAAGAUCGAUGCUAAGCAGCUUAAUCUCUAUCAGUUAACCAAUAAGGUGGAUGGGCUCUGCGAUACCAGCAGUUGGGAAGAAACAGCAAGUCGGAUCUCCGAAACUCUAUGGUCUGGUCAAGAGAUAAGGCAAACAUCAGACUUGCCGACACAGGAACCUUCUAUUAAUCUAGAAGACGAACUUCAAGACAAAAUCAUGUUGGCACUCAGUCUCUAUACUCAAACAGGAUCGAUUGAUACUCAGGAACAAAUUGCAGAAACAACAAGAGAAUCAUUAGGCUUAUUCCCGGAGAGUCGCAAUCCAUCUACCGAAAUGAACUUGCAGUGCAUUCGCCUGCUUGGGGCUGGUAACAUGACAAAGCGUACUGCAUCAAAGUUUAUCAAGGCAUAA